ACAAUGCAAGACUAUGAUGAAGCCAUCGCUUUCCUGGGAGAUUGGGGAGCCUUCCAGAGAACUGUGUUCUUUUUGUUGAGUGUUUCAGUUAUCCCUAAUGGCUAUGUGGGUCUGUCUAUGGUGUUUCUGGCAGACACCCCUCAGCACCACUGCCGUCUGCCUGACUCUCUGAACGGAACCACUGGAGAAGCUAAUCUGAGUUCACUGCUGCCUGUAGAGGAGGUGGAUGGUGAGAUGAUCUACAGUCGAUGUAGAAGAUACAAAACUCCUGCAACAGAUGCUUUAAAUGCCACAACACGUGAGACUGAGCCCUGUGUGGAUGGCUGGGAGUACAGCACUGACAGGUACAUCUCUACUAUUGUCACUCAGUGGGAUCUCGUCUGUGAGGAUAGCUGGAAAGGACCAUUCACUACAUCAAUGUUUUUCGUAGGCGUGUUUUCUGGUUCCUUUGCCUCUGGACAUCUUUCUGACAGGUAUGGGAGAAAGUUUAUUCUGUUUGCCACCAUGGCUUUACAGACAGUCUUCAGCCUUGUUCAAGUGUUUUCUGUGAGCUGGGAGAUGUUCUGCACAUUGUACUUUUUCGUUGGUCUUGGACAGAUUUCAAAUUAUGUAGCUGCUUUUAUUUUAGGAACUGAGCUCCUUAGCAAAUCUGCAGGUGCUGUUCAUGGAACACUUGGCAACUGCCUGUUUUAUGCUCUGGGUUACGCAAUUAUGCCUUUUUUAGCAUAUUUUAUUCGAGAUUGGCGGAUGUUACUGCUAGCUAUGACUCUUCCUGGAUUUCUGUAUGUGCCUUUAUGGUGGUUUAUACCGGAGUCUCCCAGGUGGCUACUCUCCAAGGGUCGAGUGGAAGAAGCAGAGGCCAUAGUGCAAGCUGCUGCUAAGCAAAAUGGCAUUACAUACACAGGGGUGAUAUUUAAGAAUAUUAAUAGUUCCACAGAUAUGCUGUCAAAUCCAAAGCAUAAUAUUAAACGUACGUACACCUACUUUGAUUUGGUUAAAGAUUUCAAUUUAAGGAUCAACACAGUGGUGUCCUGUUUCAUGUGGAUAAUUAUAAGUACCUGUUACUUUGGGAUAUCCUUGAAUACUUCUAACAUGAAUGGAGAUCCCUACAUCAACUGUUUAAUCAGUGCAGCUUCUGAAAUUGUAGCAUACAUAUUCGCCUGGUGGUUGUUGAAAAUAGCACAUCGAAGAAUGGCAAAUGUAUCCAUGAUGUUACUCAGUGGAACUAUGUUGCUGUUGAUACAACUGGUGCCUUCAGCUCUGCAUAUUGUUUUCACGGUGCUGGCAAUGAUUGGUAAAUUUUGCAUUACGACAGUCUUUGCUGUCAUCUAUAUUUACUCAGCUGAGCUUUUUCCAACUGUAGUGAGAAACAUGGGGCUUGGAGCCUGUUCUAUGGCAUCCAGGUUUGGCUCAGUAAUGUCCCCGUAUAUUGUUUAUCUUGGAAGGUUUAACAAGGAGCUCCCUUUCAUAUUAAUGGGGUUAUUGAUGCUGGUAUCUGUGGUUCUCAGUUGCAUCUUACCUGAGACACAUAAACAACCUCUUCCAGACACAAUUGAGCAGACACAACCACCUAGAUGUUGUGCAAUCAAGAGGAAUAAGGUUGUCAUUGCAGAAAAUGAUGAAAUACCCGAACAUUUGAACCUCAAAGAGUUCUGA